CCACACUCCUCAUAAGCUUCCUUCAAUCUCCACCUCUCUCUCUCAACAAAUUUCGUGUUUCACGGUGGUUGCGGCGGUAGCGCGACAUGGAGGGUCAGAACGAAUUCGAUAUGGCGCCUAGAGAACUCUCCCACCUUGUAAAGGGCAAGAGAACAAAAAGACAGAGGCCUCAAUCUCCAAUUUCAAUCCCCAUCACUACACAUGAUCCAUCAAGCAAAGAUCAUGGUAACCACCAUAAUUCGAGCUCUUCGGCCGAGAGCACCACCACGGAAGAGGAGGACACCGCCAAAUGCCUAAUUCUCUUGGCUCAAGGUCAUCAUUUUUCAUCUAACAAAGAUGAUGAUGAUCAAGAUUUCAAAUUCAAUAGCAAAAAGUACAUAGAAGCAGGCACAUGUGUCUUUCAAUGCAAGACGUGUAACCGAACGUUUUCUUCAUUUCAAGCACUUGGAGGCCAUAGGGCAAGCCACAAUAAGCCCAGAAACACAACCUUCGUUUUGUCUGAUGAAGAUCAAAAUCUUGAUAAUGUAUCUUUCAGACAAAAAAAUAGUCUGUCUUCUUCUCUAUCUCUUCAAUUGACCCAUCCCACAAAUAAGUCUUCCUCUUCAAGGAAGGUUCACGAGUGCUCCUAUUGCGGGGCGGAGUUCAUGUCUGGACAGGCCUUGGGAGGCCACAUGAGACGACACCGAGGAGGGCCAGUUGCAACAAAUACAACGUUGUCAUUGAGUUCACCUACUCCAGCUUUAUUCGACAAUCAAGAUUCUGAUAAAUUAUCAAAGAAGCCAAGAAAUGGUUUGUCUUUGGAUCUCAACCUUCCAGCCCCAGAAGAUGAUCCUAGUCGUACAUUUGCAUUUAACUCAAAGAAGCAGCAACAACAACAAAAAGAAGGAGGCCUUGCUUUGUACACUCUUCCAACAUUCGUUGACUGUCAUUAUUGAAAAAGGUUUGAAAUUUUUUUUAUACAUUCAUUGAUAUAUACAAAUGAAAGUUAGCAUUUUUAUUCAAAAGAAAAAUGAAAAGAAAGAAAGAAAGAAAGUUAGCACUUUGCUCGUUGCGGGAGUUACCCAGACGCCAUACGACUCGAGCUGAAAUAUCACCAUUGUUUUAGCUUUCAUUUUGAGAAAUUCAUUGAUUCUUUUGAUCAAGUAUUUUUUUCACAAUUUAAUGGA